AUGGGGCUCCUUCCUUCAUUGCUGGGCUUAGUUGCCGCUCUUUCUAUAGCCUCUGGUACUCCGCUGGGCAAGCAGCUCUCAGCGAGAGACUCCGAUGAUUCCUCUUUCGGCGCGCCAGGAGACGCAUCGUACGACUAUGUCGUUGUUGGCGGUGGAAAUGCUGGUUUAACAAUUGCUGCGAGAUUAGCAGAGAACCCGCAGGUAUCAGUGGCAGUUGUAGAGGCCGGAGGUUUCUACGAGACUGACGCUGCAAAUCUGAGUGUUCCUGCCUUUGACACGUACUGGGAUGGAAAGGAUCCUAGUGAUACCAAUCCGCUAAUUGAUUGGGGAUUUGUUACAACACCACAAGAGGGCGCGUUAAAUGCGAAGAUUCAUUACGCUCGAGGAAAAACAUUGGGUGGAUGCUCGGCAAGAAACUACAUGGCCUAUCAACGAGGAACUGUAGAUUCAUACAAGAAAUGGGCGGAUCAAGUCGGCGAUUCAAGCUACGAGUUUGAUCAGUUCCUGCCGUACUUUGAGAAGAGCCUUGGAUUUGCUCCGCCCGACUACAGCAAACGCGCCUCGAAUGCAACUCCCGAGUAUGAUUUGGCAACAAUGGGGAACCCCAGUGGCCCCUUGUCGGUGACGUUUUCCAACUUUGCCCUUGCGAUGUCUUCCUGGGUACAGAGGGCUUUCAAGGAGAUUGGAAUCGAGCCUAUUAAUGGUUUCACCAGUGGUAAACUCAUCGGAUCUUCAUACGUUCUGGAAACGAUUGAUCAUGCCACCCAGCACCGAGAGUCAUCGGAAACUGCUUUCCUCCGGCCCCGGCUUGGUAAAGCCAAAAAUUUGAUCGUCUAUAAAAAUACUCUGGCGAAGCGCGUCGUCUUUGAUGGUACUCGGGCUACCGGCGUUGAAGUCGACUCGGACAACCAGCAGUACACCCUCAGCGCCAACAAGGAAGUAAUCCUUUCGGCUGGCGCUUUCCAAUCUCCUCAGCUUCUGAUGGUCUCUGGAGUUGGACCCUCUGAUACCCUCAAGCAAUAUGGAAUUCCAGUCGUUGCAGACAGACCGGGUGUUGGACAGAACAUGUGGGACCACGUUCUCAUGGGACCCAGCUACCGGGUCAAUGCGAUUACUUCUUCAUCUUUCACCAACCCGGAGUUCCUCCAGGAAGCCGAACGGGAGUACAAUGAAGAACAAGCCGGUAUCCUGACAAACUCAGGCGGCGACUUUUUAGCUUGGGAGAAGAUUCCAGACUCUCUUCGCUCAUCGUUCUCCAGCGACACGCAGGGCGCACUUUCCGAGUUUCCUGAGGAUUGGCCUGAAGUUGAGUACAUUAGCAUGAACGGCUACCUUGGAGACCAGGAAAACUUCAUCAAGGGCGGGCCAACUGAUGGCUACAAUUACGCUUCAGUUUCCGUCGCUCUUGUUGCGCCGCUGUCUCGCGGCACUGUUGGCAUCUCAUCUGCGGACAUGGCAGACCCUCCUGUCAUCGACCCCAAAUGGUUGACUCAUCCGGCUGACCAGGCUGUCGCCGUGGCUGGCUACAAGCGCGUGCGGCAGAUGUUCAAUACCACUGCGAUUGAGCCCGCCCUGAUCGGCCCCGAAUACUUUCCGGGACCGCAGGUGCAAUCGGACGAGGACCUCUUGCACACCAUUCAGCAGACGGUAAGUACGGUGUAUCACGCAUCGUGCACCUGCGCCAUGGGUCAAGCCGACGAUGAGAAUGCCGUCGUGGAUAGCAAGGCCCGGGUAAUUGGCGUUGAAAACCUGCGGGUCGUCGACGCCUCAUCUUUCCCCUUUUUGCCUCCCGGACACCCAAUGUCCACAGUCUACGCGCUUGCGGAGAAGAUUGCCUGCGACAUCCUCUCAGAAUGA